AUGCAAGAUUCUUUGGAUCCAGCCUCAAAUGAUUUGUGUAAAUCCUAUUCGGCAAAACAAUGGGAGGCAGUUCAUGACCUAUACCAAUCAUUAGGCUUUUCUGAUAUCGAUGAUACGAAAAUUCUCUUGGGUAAUGAUGUGUCAAAAGCGUUCGAACAAACACGGGAAAAAAUUGUUAAAAUUCGACAAGAUGCAUUAUUACUCUUUGGAUUUAAGUCUCGGGCUAAGGAAAUCCCUGAUCUCAAUGCUAUAGUUAAAUUGUUUAAUGCGAUAGUGGUAUGGAAAAGCACUUAUUGGAUUGAUCGCAAACCAUAUAAUGGAACUGGUUUUGAUAAAGCAGGGACUCCAAUACUUCCGUCAUAUAAACAAAUGAAAUUCAAGAACUCUUUGACUCAAUACCCGUUACCGAUACUAACUCAAAAUGUACCGACUAAUUCAAUCAACUAA